ACUUCAAUGAUGAUCUUGCUUGAAGUGGAGGGCGAUAAAAUGGGCAAGAAAACAAGAACAAUCUCACUUUCUUCUCCUUUUCUCUGCCUUAAUUCUCGCUUUAGCACUCGUGUGGGGUGAACCCUGAAGCCUCAAGAUUACAGCCAUCUCCCCAGAAACGGAAUACUCAUUCAGUGAUGGUGGAGUUGGUGUAGAGACCCCAUCAAUGGCCUCCUUCCUCCAUUCAAUCAAUUCCAACGCCGCUCCAUUUCAUUGAUCAUGUGAGGACGACAAUCCCCAAUUUCUUCUCCCAACGCUGCUCCCUUGAGCCGCCUCUGAUUCUUACCCAAGUCAUCGGAGAAUUUUGUUGAAGAUAAGGGGGUUUAGCGAUUCUCCUUCGAUAUCGAUUUCUGGGGUUUCUUUUUGUCGUCUAUGAUUUUUGAUUUCCCUUUCUCUAAUCUGAUUUUGAGGCUCUGGAAGUGGGUUUUGUGUUUUGUUUUCUUGUUCUUAGUUCUUUAAGGGUUUUGGGUUGUAUUUGUACUGAUUAAUCAAUGGGUAACGUGAAUGGGAGAGAGUAUGUAGACGAAGAAGAUGAUGAUGAAAAUGAAGAAGAAGUAGAAGAAGAGGGUUUAAUUGUGCAUGAGGGCGUCGCCGUGGCUGAUGGGGCUCAUAUUCUAUACCGCCCGCAAGGUGUUUGUCAAAAGUUGUUGGGCGGCCAGUCCCCUCCACAAAGCCCCACGGCCACUCGAUCGCCAUUGAUUUUCACUCCUCAAGUUCCGCUCACUCCUCUACGAAAACCAGAUGAGAUGCUCGUAAUUAGCCAAUCCCAAAUGAUGCAAGGUUCCUUGGGUUAUGAAGAAACGUGCGAACAAAGCAUUCCAACCAUGAUUACAUGGACUUAUGGAGGAAAGGAAGUAGCUAUUGAGGGAUCAUGGGAUCUAUGGAGAACAAGAACGCCCUUGCAGAGAUCAGGGAGAGACUUCACUAUAAUGAAAGUGCUUCCUGCUGGGGUUUAUCAAUAUAGGUUUCUCGUGGACGGACAAUGGAGGUAUUCGCCGGAGUUGCCUUGGGGCCAAGAUGAUGUUGGCAACGCGUACAAUGUUUUGGACUUGCAGGACAACGUGCCCGAAGAUAUCGAAAGCAUCUCUAGCUUCGAGCCUCCUCAGUCACCAGACUCGAGCUAUGACAAUUUACUACUCGGGUCUGAUGACUACGCAAAAGAACCGCCAUUGGUUCCCCCACACCUACAGAAGACACUGCUCGAUUCGCCAUCAUCAUACAUGGAGAUUCCACCCUGUCUGUCAAGGCCACAACAUGUAGUAUUGAAUCAUCUUUACAUGCAGAGAGGGAAGAGCGGUCCAUCGAUUGUUGCACUCGGUACGACACAUCGGUUUCUAACCAAGUAUGUAACUGUUGUGCUCUACAAGUCUUUCCAAAGGUAAGUAAAUCUCUUAUCUUAUUGUCUCUGCUGUUCUGGGUUAUCUGUAAUCAUAAAUUUUGACAUGCCAAUGCCAAGUUAGUCGAGGCAAACCAAGUUUGUGCUUCAGAAACCUCUAAACCCACACUGCCAUCUUGGUUUGAUUUGUUCUUCACCAGUUGACACUCAUUUUAGAAAGAUUUGGUUUACUGUUUGCUUUCUCUGCCAUUAUGGAAUUUGAGUUUAUGUUA